AUGUCAACUACAUUUACACAGCUGGUGCUUGGCCUCGCGUUUCGCGGCGCUCUUUGCUGGGCGAAGGGCGUGAACACGGACCCAGAUGAUCAGGAAGGUGUUUUGCCGGGUGAUGAGGAUCCACCUGCAGGCACACUGCCGGGCGACGAAGUCAGCCCGGUAACCGAAGAGAUAUUCUCAUCUUGGGCUCUUUUCAUCAUGUUAUUUCUGCUGAUAUCAGCAUUGUGGUCGAGUUACUUCCUUACACAGCGCCGCAUCAAGGCCGUCCAUGAAACAGUGCUCUCAAUUUUCUACGGUAUGGUCGUGGGCCUUAUAAUCCGGCUUUCUCCUGGUCAUUACAUCCAGGACGCGGUCACCUUCAAUUCCUCAUACUUCUUCAACAUUUUGCUGCCGCCUAUCAUUCUGAACUCAGGCUACGAGCUUAAUCAGGUCAAUUUCUUCAACAAUAUCGUCUCAAUUUUGGUAUUUGCGAUCCCCGGCACUUUUAUCUCAUCAGUGGUGCUAGGUGUGAUUCUGUAUAUCUGGACGGCGCUUGGGCUGGAAAGCAUUGAUAUUUCGUUUGUGGAUGCACUUUCAGUUGGUGCUACGCUUUCUGCCACUGACCCUGUCACUAUUUUAUCGAUAUUCAAUGCCUACAAGGUUGAUCCCAAGUUGUAUACCAUUAUUUUUGGCGAAUCCUUGCUUAAUGAUGCCAUAUCCAUCGUCAUGUUCGAAACUUGUCAAAAGUUCCACGGUAAACCUGCCAAGUUUUCCUCGUUUUUCGAAGGUAUAGGGCUUUUCCUCAUGACCUUCACAGUUUCGUUACUGAUAGGGGUAAUGAUUGGAAUUUUAGUUGCAUUACUUCUUAAGCACACUUUGAUUCGGCGGUAUCCUCGGAUUGAGAGUUGCCUAGUACUUCUAAUAGCAUACGAAUCCUACUUUUUCUCCAAUGGUUGCCAUAUGUCAGGAAUUGUUUCGCUACUGUUUUGCGGCAUAACUUUGAAGCACUAUGCUUACUUCAACAUGUCCAGAAGAACCCAGAUUACAGUGAAAUACAUAUUUCAACUCUUGGCCCAACUCUCUGAAAAUUUUAUUUUCAUCUACUUGGGCUUGUCCCUAUUUACCGAGGUUGAGUUGGUUUACAAGCCGCUGCUAAUCAUAAUAACAGGAAUUUCCAUCUGUGUCGCACGUUGGUGCGCAGUGUUUCCACUUUCGAAUUUCGUUAAUUGGCUUUACAGGGUCAAAGCAAGAAGAUCUAUGGGGAUAUAUGGCAACGACGCUGCAAUUCCUGAUGAAAUACCGUACCAGUAUCAAAUGAUGACAUUUUGGGCUGGCCUGAGAGGCGCAGUGGGUGUCGCACUGGCAAUGGGGUUACAAGGCGAGUUCAAAUUUACUUUGCUUGCUACCGUAUUGGUUGUUGUGGUGCUUACAGUCAUCAUAUUUGGAGGUACGACGGCUGGCAUGUUGGAAGUUCUAGGAAUCAAGACAGGGUGCAUUGACGAAAAUGACGAAUCAGACGAUGAAUUUGAUAUCGAGAUGCCUAAGCCUAUCACACUCGCCACAGGACCAAUAGCUUCAUACACUGAUGAGGUUCCUAGCGUGGAACCAAUCUCAGUGCCUAUCUCUACUGCGACAGCCACUAACCCGCUAAGCUCUGACACUGUUCAGUCCUCUUCCCGAGUAUCAUUGGACAAGCAGCACCUGCGGGAAACUCUGAGCACUAUAUUUUCCGCAGAUUCUCAGUGGUUCACAAAUUUCGACGAACAAGUUCUAAAGCCUGUCUUUUUGGACUCUGACAACUCUCAGUCAGGAAAAAAGAGCGACUCAAGUACCCCCAAUAUAAUGGGAAAUAGAAAGUAA